AUGGCCGACGAGCUAGAUUACCUCUAUCCAAACUUCGAUCUGACAACUCUCACCGUCCCCCGUCUACGAUCCAUUCUCGUCAACCACGACAUCGCCUACCCUGCCUCAGCGAAGAAGGCCCAGCUGAUCAGCAUCCUCCAAGAUGAGGUCAUCCCACAAGCGCGGAAGAUCCUGCGCGAUCGUGAACGUGUCAGACGUACAAGUGCCGGAAUCACAGAUAUGAGCAGCCGCUCGACGUCCGUGGCUAGCGACGCGAACGAGAGGGACUCCAUGCCUCCACCGGCGACGCCGUCGUCAGUCGCAUCUACAAGUCGCGGACAGCGGGGCACAUCGCGACGCAUCACCCGCCACUCGACGGCUGAUUUCGACGAUGGACUUGCGCCAGCUACUCCUGUUACCGCUAAGAGCUCAAAGCGAACAAGUGUUGUUCGAUCGGUAGGCAAGCAUGCCCGCGCCUCUGACACUGAAACCAAUGAUGACAUGCUUGCUACUCCCAUUGCUGCUGGCCGUGGUUCGCCUCGCAAAUCUACGGCGCGGAAGGUCCGGCGUAGUGAGGUAAUACCGUCCACUGAGGUCGACGAGCACACUCCUGGCAUCAAGUCGGAACCUCGUGAUGAUACUGGGUUUACGAACGAUAAUCCCUUCCAGAGUGGCAGUCCUUCUGAGGCGCCUAGGAGUACCCGAGCGAGCUAUGAUGGUAGACGCAAGAGUGCUUCGCGGUUAUCUACCGAAAGCCCGGCUCGGGGCCGUGGGCUUCGGUCUCGGAAGUCGGCUACUCCUUCUAGCCUGAAGCAGGAGGAUGGUUACGACGCUCCUAAGCGGGAAUCCUUUGAUUUCGCUUCUAAAUUGCAGCCUCCGCAGGAGGAAAGUGGGGAGGAUUCUGAAGAAGCAGAGGAAGAGGAAGAUGAGGAUAGUGAUAUGAGUGCCGGUGAAGAAUUCACACCGGAAGAGCAGCUCGCCAUGGAGAACGAGCAGUAUGCGCCGCAGAUCCAAGUUCGACGACGACCCCAGAAGCAGGGAGCCGUGGCCCGGUUCGCUCCUUGGCUCGUCAUUCUCUUGUUGGCCGGCAGCUUCGGUGCCUGGUGGCGCCGAGAGAAGCUUGAGAUUGGGUACUGUGGCCUUGGAAAGCCCACCUGGUCACUGGCCGAGACAAAGGUUCCCGAGUGGGCUAAUGUGUUAGAACCUCGGUGCGAGCCGUGUCCAAGCCACGCUUUCUGCUACCCUGACUUUGAAGUUCGCUGUGAAAAUGAUUUCCUUCUCAAACCCCAUCCUCUCUCCCUCGGAGGUCUUGUUCCCCUGCCACCUACAUGUGAACCCGACAGUGAAAAGGCCCGCCGCGUGAAGGCUGUCGCUGAUAAAGCCGUUGAGGAGCUCCGUGAGCGCCGCGCCAAGUGGGAAUGUGGUCAACUCAAGGAGGAUGGCAAGGAUGCCCGUUCUCCUGACAUUAGCGAGCCUGAUCUGAAGGAAGAGGUUGCCAAGAAGCGCCGCAAGGGCUUGAGCGACAAUGAGUUUGAUGAGCUGUGGAAGGGUGCGAUCGGAGAAGUCGUUGACAAAGAUGAGGUUGUCAGCAAGACCAAGCAACCUUCCGGUGACCUCGUCCUCUCCUCUACCUCCAUCGCACGGCUCCCAAUCACAUGCGCCAUCCGCCGUCACUUCCGACUUGCUCUCGUCGCGUAUCGACUUCCUAUUUCACUUCUAGUCCUGGUCAUCGGUCUCAUCGGCUAUGCGCGCGCGCGUGUUUUGGCCCGCCGCUCUGAUAUCGCCCGUGUACCAGAGCUGGUCGCUACGACUCUCGACCGCCUUUCCACUCAGGCUGCACUUUAUGCCCAUGGCAAUGCCAAAGAGCCCUACAUUGCCAUUGGCCAACUCCGAGAUGACGUUCUACGCUUUGAACUCCAAGGCAAGCGCCGCGAGGAGCUCUGGCGUCGUGUCCGAAGCUUUGUUGAAGGCAACGCCAAUGUCCGCGCCGCCGUCCGUGAAGGACGCAGCGGUGAUGUUUCUCGAUCCUGGGAGUGGAUCGGUGGGAUUAAUACUGUCAGCUCUCCGGAGCAGAUUUCCCGCCGAGACAGUGUACGGGCCCCCCUUGGUUCCCCGUCUGAUAAUGCCGCGACGAGCCCUCAUACCCCAUCGGGCGAAAUCAAAACAGAGCCCGUUUCGAGCCCGAGAGAAUCCCGCCGUUGGGACGAGGGUCGUCCGAUCUACUGA